CACUAAGCACCGAGACCCGAGUUGAGAUUCUUUUGUUCCUGAUAAACGGAUUAUUGGCCGGACAUGGUGUUAUUUUCUGGAUUCAAAAUUUAAAUAAUUAGACUAUUUUCAUAACGGAAUAUAUGGUGCUUGUUGUUUCAUGUUGAAGGAAAAAUGUCGGACGGAACAAUGACACGGCAAGUACUGUUGUUUAUCUCGGUCCUCUCUCUCAGUUCAGUACACGGGCAGGUCAGUUACUCCAUUCCUGAGGAAAUGGCGAAAGGCUCUUUAGUUGGUAACAUAGCGCAGGAUUUGGGUUUAGAUAUUAAAAGACUCAAAUCAGGUAAAGCUCGUAUUUAUACUGGAGACAGCGCAGAGUACAUCGAGCUGAAUAUAGAAAGGGGAGUUCUCCUCAUCAAAGAGAUAAUAGACCGUGAAGCGCUUUGCGGACCGACGACGCCUUGCGCUUUACAUUUUCAGAUUAUUUUAGAGAACCCGAUGGAAUUUUAUACAGCUACAGUUGAGAUAACCGAUGUCAAUGACAAUUCACCUAUUUUUGAGAGGAGUGAAAUGAAAUAUGAAAUUAGUGAAUCGGCGCUAACGGGAGCUAAAUUUGUAUUGGAAAGAGCAGUUGAUGACGACGUUGGCGUUAAUGGCCUUCAGAGCUACUCUCUGAAACCCACUGAUAAUUUCGUAUUGAAAACACUAACUCGUUCAGAUGGUGUUAAAAAUGUAGAGAUGGUAUUACAGACACCUCUAGACCGAGAGAAACAGGAGCAGAUAUCUCUGUUGUUGACAGCUGUAGAUGGAGGAGAGCCUCAGCUAUCAGGAACGAUGCAGAUACUCAUCACUGUACUAGACGCCAAUGAUAAUGCGCCUGUAUGUUCUCAGGCAGAGUAUAAAGCUAGUGUAUCAGAAAACGUAUCAAAAGGCACUGUUUUAACAACAAUCAGUGCAACUGAUGCCGAUCAAGGUUCCAACGGAAUAAUUACGUAUUCUAUUUCAAAAUCGGGAGCGUCCCAUCUAUUUGAAAUUGAUCAUGUUUACGGUGUGGUAAAAUUAAAUGGACAUAUUGACUAUGAAAAACGUAAACAUUAUGAGAUAGACGUUCAGGCUACAGAUCAGGGAGGUCACUCUGACGCGUGUAAAUUAAUUAUUGAGGUUAUAGAUACAAAUGACAACAAACCAUCAAUCAAUAUCAUGUCAAAGACGAGUGCCAUAUCUGAGAACGCCCAACCUGGUACUGUCGUAACUAUGAUGAAUAUUCAAGACCCAGAUUCUGGUGAUAAUGGCAGAGUACAGUGCUCUAUUGACGAAAACAUCCCGUUUUCAAUGAAAUCAACAUCGAAUAAUUUCUUUACUGUAGUAACAGACAGUGACUUGGACCGAGAGAGAGCCUCUGGGUAUAACAUCAGUGUGACGUGCUCUGAUGAGGGAGUUCCCUCGCUCUCCAGCAGCGUCACUCUCACCUUACAGAUAUCAGAUGUGAAUGACAACGCGCCCGUCUUUGAGAGGAGCUCAUAUGAGGCCUACAUGAUAGAAAACAACACACCGGGGCUCUCUAUAUUCACAGUGAAAGCCAGAGACGCUGACUGGAACCAGAAUGCCCGUGUUUCUUACAUACUGGAGGACUCCUCGGUUAACGGAGUGCCCGUCUCCUCAUAUGUGUCCGUUAGUGCUGAUAGUGGAGUCAUCCAUGCAGUGCGCUCUUUUGACUACGAGCAGAUCAAGGAUUUCCAGUUCCGUGUAAAAGCGCAGGAUGGAGGCUCUCCUCCUCUUAGUAGCAAUGUGACUGUGAACAUAAUGAUCCAGGACCAGAAUGACAACACGCCGCAGGUUCUGUAUCCAGUCCAGACUAGCAGCUCUCUGGUGGCUGAAAUGGUGCCUCGUUCAGCAGAUGUGGGCUAUCUUGUCACUAAAGUGGUGGCUGUUGAUGUGGACUCUGGACAGAAUGCUUGGCUCUCGUAUAAACUGCAGAAAGCGACAGACAGGGCGCUGUUUGAAGUGGGUUUACAGAAUGGAGAAAUAAGAACUAUUCGCCAAGUCAAUGAUAAAGAUGUUGUGAAACAAAGGCUCACUGUUGUAGUGGAGGACAACGGGCAGCCUUCUCGUUCAGCUACAGUCAAUGUUAACGUGGCGGUGGCGGACAGCUUCCCUGAAGUGCUCUCGGAGUUCACUGACUUUACGCACGACAAGGAGUACAAUGACAAGCUGACUUUUUACUUAGUCUUGGCUUUGGCUGUAGUCUCAUUUCUGUUCAUCACAUGUUUAGUGGUUAUUUUAUCAUUGAAAAUAUACAGAUGGAGACAGUCUCGCGUCCUCUAUCAUUCCAAUCUCCCGGUUAUUCCGUAUUAUCCACCGCGUUACGCAGACACUUUGGGGACAGGAACUCUACAGCACGUGUACAAUUACGAGGUGUGCAGGACGACUGACUCCAGAAAGAGUGACUGUAAGUUCGUCAGACCCUGUAGUCAGAACGUACUGAUAAUGGACCCCAGUUCUACAGGGACGAUGCAGCGGAUGCAGAGUGAAAAUAACAUCCUGGAUGAACCAGACUCACCAGCAGAGGUCUGUUAUAUUUAA